AUGCCGACUCAGAUUAAGAACGUCAUAUUCAUAGGAGCAAGCGGCGACCUUGGCGGGCCGGUAAUCACACACUUCCUCUCCCUACACAAUGCCCAAGCCCCCUUCACAGUCUCCGCCCUCACCCGACAAAAUUCGACCGCGAUCCUUCCUUCCGGAAUUAAUGUCAUCAGGACAGAUUACACAAUCGCGUCCCUUGAAUCGGCCUUAAAGGGCCAAGAUGUAGUUAUUUCAAUGCUAGGCUAUGACGGCAUACAUUUGCAGAAGACAAUCAUCGAUGCGGCUAUUAAAGCGGGCGUGAAGCGAUUUAUUCCGUCGGAGUUUGGCUCUCGGACGUACGACGAUAAGGUGAGGGACGCUGUGCCAAUCUUUGGCGGCAAGAGGCAGAUUGUCGAGUAUCUGAAAGCCAAUGAGGGGAAGAUUAGCUGGACGGCCGUCAUUAACGGCGCGCUCUUUGAUUUGGGCCUCAAGGUCGGCUUCCUCGGCUUUGAUCUUCAGAGCCACAGGGCCAAGCUCUUCGACGCUGGGACUGUUCCGUUUGGCGCUACAAACCUACACACAAUCAGUCACGCCCUAUUCUCGCUUCUUUCCUCGCCGUCUAACUUCGCAGACUUGCAGAACAAAUACAUCCACAUAGCAUCACACAUGACUACCCAACAGGAAAUCCUGGCUGCAUUGGAGAAAAUCACGGGCAAGACGUGGGAAAAGGUGCCGGUGAACGGCAGGGAGCUGUCACAGACCAGCCUAGAGAAGUUUCAGAAGGGCGACUCUGGCGCCCUUACGGGGCUGAUUCAGGCGAUGACCUGGGGCAAGCUGGGAGAUGAGAAUCUGGGCGAUUUCAGAGGCGAGAAGUUGUACAACGAGAGGCUGGGGUUACCUAAAGAGGAUUUGGAGGCUGAUGUUGCGGCGGUCCUGGAGGGUAAAGCUCCGUAG